CCGAGCAUCAUGUUUCAAUGUACCAGGCUUUCUCCAGACAAAGACAAUGUCGACUUUGAAAGCUGCAAUACUGAUAGUUUCUACUACUGCCUCGAAGGACCCUUCAGUUGAUUCAUCAGGUGGGAUCUUGAAGGACGUCUUUGAGCAAGAGGGAGGAGGGAAAUGGGAGGUGGUCGACACGAAGAUUGUUGGAGAUGAGGUGCUUGAUAUUCAACGGAGUAUCAUGAAUUGGGCUAAUCAAGAGGAUGGGGUCAAUCUUAUUGUUUCUACGGGUGGUACAGGCUUUGCAGUUCAUGAUAGUACUCCUGAGGCUGUUACCCCUCUCCUACAUAAGCAUGCACCAGGACUUGUUCAUGGGAUGCUUGCGGCCUCAUAUGCAGUCACUCCUUUUGCCCUCAUGUCACGGCCAGUGGCUGGGGUCCGAAACAAGACCAUAAUCAUCACUCUGCCGGGGUCUCCAAAAGGGGCCAAGGAGAAUCUGCAGUCUGUGUUGAGAUUGCUACCUCAUGCAUGCCUUCAAGCGGCAGGGGCAGACUCGAGAUCCCUUCAUGCCGGAGGUGUGAGAAAGCUGGAGAACGAAGCUGGAGUUAGCUCAACAUCUGGCCACCAACCACACUUCCAUAGUCACGGUCACUCGCAUGGGCACUCGCAUGGUCACGGAUAUGGUCAUGCUCAUUCAAUGCCAGUUAGACACACAUCUUCCGAGGAGAACCCCAAGUCAAAUGAUCCAAGCCUGGGGCCAACAAGACGAAAUCGUUCUUCGCCUUACCCCAUGUUAUCAGUUGACGAAGCCAUCAAACUCAUCAAAGAGCAAACACCUCUGCCGCAAAUUGUAGAAGCCAAAGUCGAUGGAAAUCUGGUCGGAUCCGUCCUGGCAGAUGAUGUCACGGCUGGGGAGGCUGUUCCGGCGUAUCGAGCGAGUAUUGUGGAUGGCUAUGCGGUGAUUGCUCCAGAAGAAGGCGGCUCGAGCAAAGGAACAUUUCCCGUGGUAUCAGUAUCUCAUGCUACCCCUGGCGAAAUUCCUCCUCUAGAACGAAGUCAAAUCGCCAGAAUUACGACUGGUGCACCACUUCCACCUGGUGCAACGUCAGUAGUAAUGGUGGAAGACACCGUCCUGAAGACUAUGACUGAGGAUGGCAAAGAAGAGAAAGAGAUCGAGAUCCUCGCCGAAAACGUGAACCCAGGAGAGAAUGUCCGAGAGAUUGGAAGUGAUAUCAAGAAAGGGGAAAUAAUUCUGCAUAAAGGAGAAGAGAUCUCAGCAAUCGGUGGAGAACUCGGAUUACUUGCAUCAGUCGGCAAGGCAGAAGUCUUGGUUUACAAACGACCGGUCGUAGGCGUGCUCUCAACUGGAGAUGAGAUUGUGGAACACAGCAGACCCGGCGAGCUGCGUCUAGGAGAAGUUCGAGAUUGCAAUCGACCAACUCUGCUGUCCGCGGUGCGGGGUCAUGGUUUUGAAGCUGUUGAUCUCGGUGUUGCGAAAGACAAGCCCGGGGAUCUUGAGCAGACGCUGCGAGAUGGACUCCGUAAGGUUGAUGUUAUCAUCACCUCGGGUGGAGUAUCCAUGGGUGAGCUCGAUCUGUUAAAACCGACGAUUGAGCGAUCUCUGGGGGGCACGAUUCACUUCGGACGCGUCUCGAUGAAACCUGGAAAGCCAACGACUUUCGCAACCGUGCCGGUGAAGAAUAACAGCGGAGAAAGAGCUUCAAAGGUCAUAUUUUCCUUACCUGGUAAUCCUGUAUCAGCUGUGGUGACAUUUCACCUCUUCGUCUUGCCUUCUUUGCAUCAUGCUUCUGGAAUUUCUCCAGCAGGGUUGCCCAGAGUAUUGGUAACCUUGGACCACGAGUUUUGUCUUGACCCUCAGCGAGCAAAGUAUCACCGUUCCAUUGUGACUCUGGGCAAGGAUGGGCUUAUGCAUGCUAGUAGCACUGGCGGGCAACGAAGCUCGAGAGUUGGAAGCCUGAAGAGCGCGAAUGCUUUGCUUUGCCUUCCAACCGGCAAGACAUCAUUGCCGAAAGGAGCGACCGUUGAAGCUCUGUUGAUGGGGAGAAUGAAGACGGAAUUUGAUGCUUUGUAA